AAUUAUGUUCACUUUUAUUCAUUUCAUUUCCAAUUCAUUUCAACGGAAAGGGGUUCACAAGAAGUGCCACAAAAACGUGUGUUAUUUGUGUGGUAUUCAAGACAUUGAAAGUAUUGGUGUUUUGAAACUUACAGUAUUUGUGAGUCUUUGCCAACAAAUUACAAUUGAAUCCAUGGAUAACGAGUCCAUCGGUCAGUACUACCGGCAAGAGUUGGGUAACGAGAACUCUCCGGCCAUCGCAACCCUCAAGACAUUGAUUGAGUUCCUG